AACAGAAGCAACACCUGAAGAAACAUGGAAAGCAGAAAUGAUGAAGAGGGUUACCAAUAAAGUUACAACAGUGAAUGAAGUGCAGUCCUUAACCACAACCUUGCGCAAUAGAAAUAUAACGGCGGAGUUGUGCAUCUAUAGAGUUCCGGAGAAACUGAGAAAAGUGAAAGAGGAUGCCUACAAACCCCUUGUUGUCUCAAUUGGACCGCUCCAUAGAAACGAAGUUUACCUUGCACCAAUGUUACAACAUAAAUUACAUUACACGGCAACCUUGCUCAAUCUGAAUCCUCAAGUUGAAGAUCAAGGUUCUAACAAAUGGCUGGAGAAAUGCAUCGAAACUAUUCAAGGUCUUGACAAAAUGAUUCGUAGAUGCUACAUCGAAGAGAUCGAUUGCACAGAUUAUGAACUUGCAGAAAUGAUGUUAGUUGAUGGCUGCUUCAUAUUGGAACUUUUCCUUAGGUUUGACAGAACCCUAAACUACAUGAAGCUUGAAGACAAAAGAUCGGAUCCGGUACUGAAAAGUGCUUGGAAUAUGACAGCUCUCAAGCAUGAUCUAGCAUUGCUUGAGAACCAGAUUCCUUUCUUCAUUCUUGAGAUUCUGUAUAAUGCUAUCAGGCCUCGUAUCAAGAAUAGCUGUGAUGUACCAGAAUCGGUCAUUAGUCUUGCUUUAAGUUUCUUCAAGCCUAUGAGCAAAAAGACGAGGAAGGAAGAGCCUUUAGGCACAGAGUGCAGGCAUUUACUUGAUCUGUUGCACAGAUUUUACUUCCUCCCGUCUUCUUUCUCUGGGAUUGAUAAUGAUUUGGAGCAGAAUACUGGUCUGAAAAAUAAAGACGAUUCCACCACUCAUCUGGAAUUUUGCCCUGCUAAACAAAAAUGGGGAUUCAACCAUUGCGCUUCGAAACUUUUGGAGUCCGGAGUUAAGUUUCGGGUGGCGACGAGUACUGCUAAGGAAAGCUUGUUGGACAUAGAUUUCAAUCAGCAGAGUGGGGAAAUCCAUAUGCCUAAGCUGCUCGUUCACGACGCAACGAGUUUUUCGCUUCUCAGGAACUUGAUUGCUUUUGAGCAAUGCAGUCUAAACAGUACGAACAGCGUCACAUCAUAUGCCUUCCUCAUGAGAAGUCUCAUCAGUUCCUCACGGGACAGCCAAGUGCUCGAGAAGAUAGGCAUCAUCGAGCACAUUUCUAACGGAGACGAAGGGUAUUUGGCUAAUAGAUUCCAGAGUAUACUUGAGGGAGUUGAUUUGAUGGACGACUUCCGUUUACGAGAGGUGUGUGACAAAGUGAAUAAGUACCACAAGUCCUGGUACAGUUUGAUAAGACUUGGAGUAUUUUUUCGAAAACAGAGAAGAAUCCUCUGGGCCAAUUAUCUAUCUAGUGCAUGGAAAGUCAUGUCAAUACUGGCCGCCGUGAUCAUUCUCAUUUUCACGUCCUUACAGACAUACUACACAAUUCACCCUCGCAAUUGA